CAGCAGUUCACACCCACAAGGUGAACAGACUGUUCAGCACUUGCAGGAGACCUUUGCCUGGGACUCGGUGUCUUACUUCCCCUUCCAAGCUGCUUCAUUAAAACCGCCUGGAAAACAAAAAAAUUAAACAAGAAGCAAGAAAUAAAACAAGAUGCCAAGGAGCUUGCAGUCUGGAGAAGAAUCAGCAGCUAGUGUCUGAGGACAGCAAGACGAUCCUGCUGCCAGCUCACUCAGCCUGGACAACCUGGUGUGAGGCACUGGGAGAUACAGAAUGAAAAGACGGCCCAUGCUCCAAACAGCUGCCCAGUCUGAGACAAGAGAUGACAGAUGGAUCCAGACAGACUGAUGGAGAAGCGGGUACAGAAGGAAAUCAAGUGACUGGCACCCUAGAUCUCUCUCCCAUCUUCCUGCCUAUUGGGCCAGACUGAGUCCUUCCUUAGUGAUCAAGACAAGGACUGGUUAAACAGUAUUUCCAUUCUUCCCUGGCUCCAGAGGAGAAGCUGCUUGUGACACCCUGAGCCGGAGGAGAAGUCUGAAGCUUUUCAAACUUGCUGCAGUCGGUGCGGUGUGAUGUCUGGAACUGACUGUUCACGUUGUGAGCCAGGGCCCAGGGCUGAAUGCCUUCAGAUCUCACUGCCUAAGCAGAGCCGCUGCUGCCAAACCCCAAGGUGCGAGUACUUCCCUUGUCCUUCUGAAAACUGAUUAUUGCCAAGAUGGAUGAAGAUAAAAAAGAGACACCUGUGGCCAAUGAAAAAAGGAAGUCUAUUUCAAAGCCAGUGUCUCCACUAAAAGGCCCGGUGGAUGAAAAAGCUGAUUCCAGUUCUACAGUAAAUGACUUGAACAGUCAGGGGGAGAAGAAUGUAACAAGCCCUAUAAAGGAUUUUAAAAAUGUGUUCACCUUGACGAGAGACACUUUUGGCAGCUUGAGAAAGAGCAAACACUUUUUACUGAAACGAAAGAACCCCAAAAGAAAUGAAGAGGACUACCACCUGGAAGCCCCCUGCAUGGAAGAGUGUGUGGAAGAGACUGAAGCUGAGCAUGUUAAAAAAGAACCUCUCUCAGUAAUGGAAAUAAAUGAACUUAUUCAGGAAAAGCAGCUUUUAAAGGCCUUUCAAAGCAUCAAAUAUUUGGAAGAUGAAAUUGUGACUGAAAUGGAUGGCAAGGAUUCUGAUGACAAGUCCACAGAAUUUUCCAGGAAAGUCAAAGAUGUGGAUUUGCUUUACAAUUCCAUUGCUAAUAAAAUCAAGUCCAUCGUGAAGGACACACUGGACCAUCCCAGUAUAGAGGAAAAGCUACUGACUUCGCUGGUGGAGCUAAUCUCUGAUGAAGAAAAAGCUCAUGCUAGGGCAGAGGGGACAGAAUCUCCUGAGUCACCCUCCCUUGGCAUGCCCAGGAAGUGGAGAGAGGUGUGGAAGGACUCUGUCAAAGAGAGUGCAGAAGGGCGCAUCCUUCAGGUGCCCAUGACACCUGAGAAGGACAAGGAUUCUUGGCUUGCUGUCCAUUUAGGGUUCCUCAGAAAAAAUGUUAAGGAGGAUUUAUUGAAAAUCAAGUGCUCAGUACAAAAAUGCUACCCAGAGGACUAUAAAGUAUGUGACACGUACGUGGAGUGCUUCCACAAUGCCAUUUCUUCACACCUGCAAGGGCUCUUGCAGAGACACUUGGAAUUCAAUGAACUUUACGCAUUGCUUGAUUGGGUUGCUAACAUGUACCGCAGUGAAACCCUUCUGGGUCACCCUGAUCUCCAACCAGAGGUAAAGACUGAAAAUCUGCCUCUGCUUUUACCACCCGCAACCUGGGAAAAACUGAAAAACGACUACACUGAUUCUUUAAAGGAGAAAAUAAAGAGCUAUUUUGACAAUAUGCUGAAGCUGGAGAUCACAGAACAAUGGGAGAAGGAACUUCAGCCAGAACUGGUGCAAAGCCAAUACAAUUCAUCUCUAUACUUUGAUAUUCAAACGAUCAUUGCAGAACACAUGAAAACAUCAGGAAAAAUCUCCACAAGCCUGGGAACUGCAGUUCUUGAGAUCUGUUUGUUAGAUCUGAAGGAAUACAUCCCACGAUUUGUAAAGGUUUUUCUGGAGUGGGACAAAGAGAAAGAUUUUUCCUUGUUUCUGCCAUAUUUAGCAGCCUACAUCAACAGUUUCCACGAUCUGAUAACGGGCUUACAAACCAAUUUUGCUGCCGACACUAAGGAACUGGAAAAGGUUCUGGCUGAUGUGACAAUGAAUUUCAGAAAACGUUUUUUAAAUAAAUUAGAAGUGAAAACACAGCCACUAUUUAAGAAAAUUCUUACCAAAACCUGGGUAUCAAGCAAUGAAAUUUUGAACUCAAUACUGUCAACCGCUGUCCAGUUCUCGCAAGACUUAAUCUAUUUAAGGGAGCCUACCAAAAAGGAUUUUCUGCGCGACAUUCACAGGUGCUUGGUGAGAGAGUACAUUGCACAGGCCAUCAAACCAAGAAAAAAAAUGAAACGCUCCCGGCGGGAGGACGUGAGCAAAAAAAUGAAAGAAGAAGCCACAGUUAUAACAGAGACACUCAGUGAGCUGGGCUCCGAUUCUGAUGAGAUUUCUCUUGCCAUAUCUGUCAUUGCUGAUAUCAUUUCUGAGAGGAAAAAAGAAAAAAUCCAGGCACACCUGGAGUCAAUGCGUCAGCGCCAUCGAGAUUUGAGGAAUGAACAUAUUAUAGCUAUUCUCACCCUCCGAGGAUUUGGGAAGAAGACAAGAGAGAGCAUUAUUCGGCAUCUGGGCAACCUCAAAGAAGAUACAGAAAUCGAGACCAAUGAGGCACUCUUUGCUGAGAUUGAGACUCCAGCUAUUGUCAGCUGUUUUUAAAGACUAGCUAACCUACAGAAAUCCCCUUCACCAAUUCCUUCCAGUGCUUCACAUUCCUAAAGUAACUCCUGCUCCUAACUGCCCUUCCAGUGCAACAUUUUAUUUCAGGUGCACAACUGGACUCUCUGGACCAGAAAGCAAACACAAUGGAGGAGCCAAUAAACUGGGACUACACAGAAAGGCUCUCCAAGAAAGACGUAUACUCUGUCUAAAAGGACAUCUCGGGCUGCACACUUGGGUCUGAUCAUUGGAAGGCUGCUCUCUUUAUUGUACUGCUGAUAGUUAUGUUUUCCUGUUUGUGCAUUUGUUCAAAGGAUCUAAGAGGGCGUGACAGAUUCACUGAGGUUGGGCUAAGGUUUGGACUAUAUGCCUGUAGAGACACCCAGGAGAAAACAAGACCCCAGCCCCCACCCCCCUCUAGAGCUGUGCCCACUGCUGCCCUCACAUCAACAAGGGGCAGAGAGUGAGCAGGCAGGGCUGGACCUUGCCUCCACGCCCUCCCUUACGGACCAAACCCUGCAGCAGAGUUGACAUGCCGGGGAGUGGCGUCAUUAGCCUCUGUUCUAAAACUAAGCUGCAAAUGCUUCCAUGGCAAGAAGAACACCAGGAGUGAAACGGACUUCAGCAGAUUUCAACCAUGGGUUGCCUUGGGCAUGGCCCGCCAUUUGUACAGAGGCCCAAGUCCUGUACUCUGUGGGAGGAAGCCUGACCGAAACCGGAGUUCCCCACUGCUGGAAGUGUGCAGGUGCUCUUCAUCCCUUGGGCACAGCUGAGUAAGAUGAGAUGGCAAUGCUCAGGGCUGGAUGUACGGAGACAUGAGUGGGGCUAAUGGAUUCAGCACACCUUGCACCCAAAGGUGGCUUUCAUCUACAUCUGAUCAGAAGGAAUUCACCCACAACCCUGGAGACUGUAGCUCUACAGAGUUGUCUGGAAGCAAUG